UGUGUGUGCAGCAAUUGUGUGAGCGGAUAUUUAAGUUCACAAGUGUCUGUAAAUGCAACGUAAAAUUUGUUUUUGUGUUUGCUUUCCUUUAUUUGCAACAACCGGAAAAGUUCUCGCUAGUUUCAAUUAAACAAAUAUUCGACUUUAUGCAUAGUGUGUUAUGUAAAUUUGGUAAUGUAAUCAUGCACGAUUUGCUGAUACGCACACUUGUGAUAAUAGCCUGCAUAGUUGAGAGUUGGAGCUUCAAUAGCAUAUUAUCACAAACAGUCAUAAAUGGAACAAACGAUACGCUCUUAAAGUUCAUAAAUUCCAUUGAGUUCGCAGCAGCGAACGAAGCGGUUAUUUACAGCGCGUCUACAGAGAGCGUAAAAAAUGCGGCUUUACCUGAUGAUUGCUCGCAGCGCAACAAAAAAGCAGCACAACCUAUAUAUACCAAAAAUUCGCGAUUAAGAAAAUGUUGCCCUCAUGGCGAGGGACUGAGCGUGUUUCGUGACAAUCAAACCGACGAAUUCUGCGAUUCAACAAAUUUCCAGUUUGAGCCCCUUAUUAUAAGCGUAGUUCUAUACGACAAUUGCAUUGAGGAUGAAGAGAAUGCGGUCGAUUUGCAAGUUGAGAUUGGGAAUCCCUGCAAUUCUUCUCUAAUAUACAACGAUGAAGAUGAUGCCUUCUUCGUGUUGCAAGACGGCUCUUUACUCAUAAUGGACAAGUAUGGAAAUGACAGUUACACUGUGGAAAAGUACUACUGCCUUGAUAUGGAUAAUGUGUCUGGUAUAACAUACGCCAUAACUUGCAUAACAGCGAUUGAGGAGCACUUGAAACGUGGCCAGAUCAUAGCGAUUGCUGCUUUGAUGCUCGUUUCCAUACCAUGCUUAUUAAUCGUCAGUUACAUUCAUAUAAAACUGAAGGAGUUACGUUCGGUACAUGGCUUAUGCCUCAGCUCGUUGUCGUUGUGCUUAGCGUUGGGCUAUUUCCUGCACUCUUUGGUGCAUAUUUUCAAAAUUGAUUCCAUGAAGAUCGGUUAUGCUAUACAGUUCCUAAUGCUAUCAUACUUUAUAUGGUUCUUCUGUCUGUGUUGGAAUGUAUUGGUGAAUAUUUGGUUCCGCAUACCGUCCAAUAAGAGGGCCUCUAAGCUGACGGUGUGGUGCGUUUUUGGUGGACAUUCACUAGUCUGCUACAGUGUUGCAGGCUCAUUGGUGGCGUUCACUAUUCACAAAGGACUUCCUGGUAUGCCGUCCUACUUCAUGCAGGGCUUAACGGCAUCCAUUCGCGAGUCACAACGAUAUUUUAUACCACCAGUAUCGUCGUUCCUCUUUUUAUCAUUUAUAGUAAUGAUGAUUUCAUUCUUCGGGUUCCAAAAAAUUAAGAAACAGAAAGUAGAGACUGCCGCAAAGGAUAGUACGAGUGGCACUGUUCAUCCAAAUAUAAUUGUCGAAAUUGAUGAAAUGAAAUAUGAGGAAGUGAAGAAAGACGCCAAAUGUAUAAGCUUUCUUGGUGUAAUAUUAAUUGUAUCAUGGCUACUGGAAAUUGUCACAUUCUAUUCACCCGGCCCAGACGCUUAUCUUAUGGUCAUGGAAAUGAUUAAUGGCUUACAAGGUGUAUUCAUAAUGCUGAUAUUUGUUGUGGUACGACGUAGGCGCACAGUUAUUUUGAGGUGGUGGUACGAUAGAGGUUCUCAUAAUGUUGAGGAUGUGGAGCUCGAGGCGAUGAAUAAAUAAAUGAAUAUCGAAUAUGUGCGCUUAUAUAAACAUAGUACAUAGGAAAAUACAUACUUAAAUGUAUGUAUGUAUAUGCAUACAUGCAAAAAGCAGGAUAGUUAUUAGUUUCGAUUUCUUUACUAAACUAUUCUUAUUUUAAGUAAAUGAAAUACUUAAUUGAAAAUUAUCAAACACGCUUAAAAUUACUAUUAAUUAGAGUUUUUAUUAAUAAUCUAAGGCCAAAAUGUAUUUUUUGUAAUUAAUUUUUGUUUAAAUCUUUACAAGAACCGAAACCCUUACCUUGUUGUAAUUUAUAAAACUCAUUUUAAAUAAAACUCUUUUAAUAACUUA